AUGGAGAAGGAGAACAAGAAGCGGUUUGUGCUCGUCCAUGGACUCUGCCAAGGCGCAUGGAUUUGGUACAAAGUGAAAACGCUGUUGGAGGCCGCAGGACACAGUGUUACCGCAGUGGAUCUGGCUGCAUCGGGUAUAAACAUGACCAGGUUGGAAGAUAUUCAGACUUUGAAAGAUUACAGCAAACCGCUGCUUGACGUUUUCAGCUCGCUUGGCUCAAAAGACGAAAAGGUGAUUCUUGUUGCUCACAGCAUGGGAGGAAUAUCCGCUGCACUUGCUGCCGAAUGCUUCCCUGGUAAUAUCGCCGCCCUUGUCUUCUUGAAUGCUGCCAUGCCCGACACAACAAACCCACCUGCUUACGUUGUAGAAAAGUUUGUCAGUAGCACUCCACGAGAGAAAUGGUUGGACACCGUGUUUGGGACCUACGGGAGACCCGAAUGCCCUCUAGAGUUUGCUCUUCUGGGACCAAAGUGCCUGGCCAAGAUCUUUUAUCAACUCUCUCCGCUCGAAGAUCUUGUAUUGGCGAAGAUGUUGGUGAGGGUAAAUCCGUUAGUCACCAACAAUCUGGCAGGGACAAGAAGCUUCAGUGAGGAAGGAUAUGGAUCCGUUACACGUAUAUUUAUUGAUCUUGUAUUGGCGAAGAUGUUGGUGAGGGUAAAUCCGUUAGUCACCAACAAUCUGGCAGGGACAAGAAGCUUCAGUGAGGAAGGAUAUGGAUCCGUUACACGUAUAUUUAUUGUAAGCGAAAAGGAUCUUUUGGUAUCUGAAGAUUACCAGCGUUGGAUGAUCAAGAACUUUCCGCCAAAAGAAGUUAUGGAGAUCAAAGAUGCAGAUCAUAUGCCAAUGUUCUCAAAGACUCAAGAGCUCUAUUGUCUUCUCGUGGAGAUCGCAGCUAAAUAUGCCUAA